AGCUGCUCGAACGGUGAGACAUGGCGGAGUUUGUAGUCUGACUGAGAGCGCUCCUGGAGAGUUUCCACACUUUUCAACAUGACUAAAGAACUUGAUUUGACGCCGAGGUUGUUUCCGUAGCGCAGGCAAAGCGGGGCUUAAAGAGGCAGAGGCGUCAUUUUUCCGAAAAGGAUAGAGAGCGGCGGUUGGGAAAAUGUGUUGUCAUCUUCAUGCAGUCAACAGCCUUGGGCAACAAAUAUGGCUACUUCUUGUGUAUCCGUCAAUUCGGGUUGAAAACCGUCCUGACUGGGUCGAGCGGGGUAGUUUCGCAGAGUCACGGCAGUAGCCCGAAGUUAAGUUGACUACCAGAAAGAUUAAAAGGCUGGGUUUGUCCCGAGCUGGUAAACAGCGGACGAGCGAAGCGGAGAGGAGAUGGAGCCCAAGCACAAAGAGUUGUUGGAGAAAUGUUACCAGAACUUGGUGGAGUCAAUAACAGAUGCGGACAGAGUUGUGGACGCGUUGGCUCACUGCGGGACCCUAAGCCAGCCAGAGCGCUACGAGCUGGAGCACAACUGCACCUCCAACUCGGAAAAAGUGGACCUUCUGCUGAAGCUACUAAUGAGUAAAGACGGGGACCAUUUCGCAGAGUUUUGCACUGCUCUGGAGACAACACACCCUCACCUGCAAUCUUUAUUGCUGGAUGGCAUUGGACCAGUGGAUCAUACGAGUGGGUCCACUUACAGCGUCUUGUCCACCAUGCCAUCGGACUCAGAAAGCAGCAGCUCUCUCAGCAGCUUAGGUACUCCUGCUCAAGCUUCCUCCCCUCCACCUGCUCACAUGGACAGCCACCAAGUGAAUGAGAAAAUGGAGACCAUUCUGUUAGAGUUGAGACAGGUGACGCGUGAAAGGGAUGAGCUACGCAAACGUCUCGCCCUCUCUUCACCUGGAACCACCUUUGAUGACUGCAGACCGAAUGCAAAAGCAGGUCAUGACUAUGAGCGUCUGAAGCUGCAGUGUAUGAAGGCAAUGGCAGACCUGCAAUCCCUGCAGAACCAGCAUAGCACCACCCUGAAGAGGUGCGAGGAGGCUGUGAAGAAAGCAGACUUCUACCAUACACUGCACAGCCGUCUGGUGAGCGAGCACACCCAGCUGAAAGAGGAGCUCGAGGUGCUGAGACAGGACAACAUCCAGCUGGUCAGGGAGCACAACCAUGUGAAACAGGCCUGCGAGGAGCUCAGGAGGCUGCAUGAUGAUGAUCAGAGGGAAGUAGCUGAUAUGAAGAUGCUACACCAGCAGGUAAUGAGAGAGGGCUCCUCUGAUGUCCUUAACAAGCUCUACGACACAGCUGUGGACAAGUUGGAGGCCGUGAAGAGUGACUAUGAGACUCUGAGGAAGUGCUACAAUGACAAGUUGGCCAGUCACAAUGCCGAUUUGAGUCGUUUGGACCAGGCUGAGGAAGAGAACCACCGGCUGCAGAAGCAACUCGACAUGCUGCUGAAACAAAGAGAUGCUGCCAUCCACUAUCAGCAGCAAUACUCUUCUUCAAUAAGAAGGUUUGACAACACCCACCAAGAACUAUCCAAGGCCACAGCCCACAAUAAGGAGCUACAGCGAGAGAUGGAACGGCUGCAGUCUGAGGUGACGCGGCUCAAGACCCAGCAGCUCAAGGCGGCAAAGGACAGCGAGAAGUACAAGGAGGAGCGGGACUCUGUGAUCAGUGAAUAUCGCUUGAUCAUGAGUGAGCGGGAUCAGGUGAUCAAAGAGGUGGACAGGCUCCAGACGGGUCUGGAGAUGGCAGAGGCGAAGCUAAAGAGCACUUCGUCAGAGAGACGGGUGGCCAGUGAGGAGCUGGAGGCUCUCCGACAGGAGCUGGCCUCAGCGCUGGUGGACAGGGACCGAGCAAUCUGUGAAAAGAAUGAGCUGCUGGAGAAAUUCUGUCACGAGGUCAAGGACAAAGCUGAGGCCCAAAAGGAGCUGAACCAGGCCUGCAAAGACAUCGAAACAGUGCGUGAGGAAAGAGAUGUGGCCCGGAAGGAGAGGACGGAGGCCAUCAUCCAGAGGGACCAGCUGUUGCAAGAGUAUUACCAGGCCAGACAGGAACAGGACUCUGCCACCAUGAACAUGGAACGAGCCACCAAGGAGAUCGAGAUGCUGAGGAAGCAGUAUGAGGCCAUCUCGCAGGAGCUGAAGGAGGCCUUGCAGGAGGCUGAGGUCGCCAAGUGUCGGCGGGACUGGGCCUUCCAGGAGAGGGACAAGAUUGUAGCAGAAAGAGAGAGCAUUCGUACACUGUGUGACAACCUGAGACGAGAAAGGGAUAGAGCUGUGAGUGAUCUGGCAGACGCUCUGAGGAAUCUGGAUGACAUGAGAAAGCAGAAGAACGAUGCGACGCGGGAACUCAAAGAACUAAAAGAAAAGUUGGAAGAUGAGCUGGAAAAGGAAGCAAGAUAUCGUCAGCUGAUGGCCCACAGUUCACAUGAUUCAGCCAUAGACACUGACUCAAUGGAGUGGGAGACAGAAGUUGUAGAAUUUGAGAAGCACAGAAUCAAUGGAAUUGCGCUCGAUAACAAGUCGCUCUCUGAAUGUGAGUCUCUGCUGAGAAACUGCCGAAAUUCUCUCAGCCUCUCCCUCAUGAAGUUCUUUCCCCAAAGCUGUUCUGGGCAGAGUUUAUAUGAAACUUUGAGAGACUCUGAAAAGAACCCGCGACUCCAGUCCUGUGAGGGCCACACGAGAAACUGCAGAAACUCUAAGCACAAUUGUUCCACACAAACUGACAUUUGUAGCUGUGACUUUGGCAGCAGAGGGGAGGAAGCCUGCAAGGAUACCGGUGACUCCCUGAAUAGCAGCAGUGGCAGCACUCACUCUCACCACAAACCCUUUUCCAAUGGUUCCCCGCAUUCCCGUUCCUUUUCUGCCUCACAUAGUCCUUCGGAACCCCACCCAGAGUUCUGCUACCGGAGGCAGGACCUCCAGCAUCGGCCUUUUACCUUCACCCCUCUUCUGUCCGACUGCAGCUCACCACAGGCUGCUGUGGACCGAGUGCAGAGCUCGCCAGUCAAGCCCAGUGGAGGCACAUGGCCUAAAGUCAUAGUGGGAACUGUUUCAGAGUACACCCAACUGUCCAUCUAUAAGAAGCCCAAACAGAGGAAGUCUAUUUUUGACAUGAAUGCUUUCAGGAGACCUGAUGCAGCCCAAAAACUGGACUACAUGUCCCUGUCUCACUCACCGCAGAGCUCAGUGUCUGAAUCUGCUCAGACACCCCCCACCCCACCAGCAAGGAGCGACUCGUUUAGGUUCAAGCAUCGGCAGCAGAACAGCUCCGCGUCGGACUCCACCAUUACCACCGGCACACCACCAGCAUCCCCUGCCCAAGCUACGAAUCCUAAGGACAAGGGAGAGGUGGGAAACCAAUGCUAUUUCAAUGAUGGCCCUCCAGGAGAGGCCAAGGGCAGCUCCAAGAAACCUGCUGAGGAGGAAGAAGAGGAGGAGAACCGGUACAGGACUGAAGUGCAAGGAAAAAAGAGAUACCGGCCAAAAUCAGCACCAGCACUACGUCGAAAUGUGACUCCAUUGCACAUUCCUGUUCCCAUUCAGGUACAGAGUUUCUCUAACGAUGAACACUCCCCAGAGCCAGUGGACUUGUUACGUUUCUCUCCUAUACGAACCAAUCGGUACAGCGUACAAUAUGCACCCAAAAGCUACAGUAGCAUUGCAUCACACCCUGCACAACGAAGUUUUGCCCCUUGCCCUGCUGUGACGGCUGUCAUGAGGAACCCUGUCUACACAGCCUGGAGCCAUGAGGUCCAGGCCAACAACCCUCCUCCAGCUCCCAGCUCGAGCAGUCAUCCUCAUACACACACAAGCCCCCAGCAUCAAGGUCGCCUCAGUCUGGACCUCAGCCACAAGCGCACUGGAAACCCGACUGAGCGGAGCUGCAGCCAACCACCACACAGUACUAACUCCUUGCCCUGCAGCAACAGAAUGAGCACCUCUGGUACUCAAUUUAGAGCAGAACGGAUUAAGAUCCCUCCAAUUCGUUAUCCUCGCGCCACUGGAUCUGACAAAGGCUCGCUUACACAUUCGGAGGGUAGCAGCCCAACACCUCCAAUGUCCCCUGUCAACCUGGACACGUCGUCUUUCACUAGCAGCCAAUCGCAGAGCUCCAUUUCCACCCAACCUAGGAUAUCAGUCAGCCCUGCUUCAAUUGGUGACAGGCGAAAGGAUGGGCCAUACCUGGGGGAGCCACGAAAUGUGACGGUACAGAAGGGAGCAGAACCGCUUGGUAUCUCCAUUGUGAGUGGAGAGAAUGGCGGAGUGUUUGUGUCCAAAGUGACAGCAGGUAGCAUUGCUCAUCAAGCUCGAUUAGAGUACGGAGAUCAACUUCUUGAGUUUAAUGGAAUCAACCUUCGCAAUGCCAAUGAGCAGCAGGCACGGCUGGUGAUUGGGCAGCAAUGUGACACGGUCACCAUUUUGGCUCAGUAUAAUCCACACAUGUUUCAGCUGGGGAAUCACUCUCAUUCAGGUUCUCGGAUGGAAUCCAUCAGCAACCAGCCGUCACCCCAUGACAGCGGAGCCACCACACCGGAGAAUCACUCCACUGUAGAUUUACUGAGUGAGCAGGAUGAAGGCACGAUUACUCCUGCAUCCAAACAAACGACUCCUGCCACUAGUCCACACAUCUCCUCCAGGCUUCCUGGUUCAAAUCCACGCAGGGUUCCAGAGUAUCGGUUGGUGAGGCUGAAGAGGAUCCACGUGGAGCUGGGAGUUCAGAUCUGUGGAGGGAACCUUUAUGGCAUCUUUGUGGAGAGUUUAGAUGAUGACAGCCCUGCUAGGGGUCCUGAUGGUUUACUGCCUGGAGAUUUGAUGCUGGAGUACAAUGGUGUCAGCAUGAAGAACAAAACUAAAGAAGAUGCUUACCUGGAAUUGUUGAAACCAGCUGAAACGAUCACCUUCAAGGUCCAGAACUAUGCAGACAACCUUGAUGCAGUAAGAGAGAGUCCCAGAGAUGGAUUUUUCAUAAGAGCACUUUAUGAGAGAGUGGCAGAAAUGGAGCAGGAGCUAAGCUUUAAGAAAGAUGACAUCCUUUAUGUUGAAGACACACUACCAAAUGGUAAUUUUGGCUUCUGGAUGGCCUGGCAGCUUGAUGAGAGUGCACAGAAACUAGAGAAAGGACAGAUUCCAAGUAAAUACAUGAUGGACCAGGAAUUCUACAGAAGGCACAGCAUGGCUGAUAUGAAGGAUGAAAACGGCACUAGCAGGACGCUGUCUGCUGCUGCUCGGAGGUCAUUCUUUCGCCGGAGGCUAAAGCACAAACGGAGUGGAUCCAAGGAUGGAAAGGACAUGACGGCUUUGGACGCCAUUAGCACAGAUUCUUUACCCAUCACAGAGGACGGCGUGAGCCUCAUGUACCAGCGGGUUCAGAAGGUGGAGUACUCUUCGCCUCGUCCAGUGCUGAUCUUGGGUCCAUUAGUGGAGGCCUGUAAGGACAUGUUGGAGAAGGAGGCUCCUACCAAGUUCUGUCGCUGUUUGCCUGAAAUUAUGAAGGCAUCUCAGCAGGCAAUAGAGCGUGGAGUAAAGGAUUGUGUGUUCAUUGAUUACAAACGGAGGAGUGGGCAUUUUGACGUGACAACAGUCGCCUCAAUAAAAGAAAUCACAGAAAAGGACUGUCACUGCUUACUUGACAUUGCCCCUCACGCCAUUGAACGUCUUCACAUGGUUCACAUCUACCCAAUCAUCAUAUUCAUCCGCUACAAAAAUGCCAAGCAGAUAAAAGAGCAGAAGGACCCUUUGUACCUGCGGGAUAAACUGUCUCAGAAACAUUCCAGGGAGCAGUUUGAGGCAGCGCAGAAAAUAGAGCAGGACUACAGCCGCUUCUUCACAGGUAUUGUCCAGGGAGGCAGCGUCUCCUACAUUUGCACUCAGAUCAUGACCAUCGUGGAGCAGGAACAGAGUAAAGUACUGUGGAUUCCAGAUGGAGCCCUGUAAAAGUAUCUCCCCUUGUUCAUGUCACCCAGAAAGAUUCCAGGAUGUAGCGAAGAUGUUCAAAUCCAGCAGUUCACAGCCGACUCGAUGGUUACAGCAAUAUCAGCACACAUGAUUUGCAAUAUUCCUACUACAGUAAUUAUGUAGUACAGAGACUUGUUUACACUAGUCUUCAAUACUUGAAUUGUGUAUUCCCUCAUAUUCAGUAGCACUCCUUUAAUCCCUUGAAUUGUCAGACCACAGGGACUCUGCAUCAACUCCAAACUGAAGAUGGACCACUGUGUUCCCUCCUUGAUAUUUAUGUCUUCUCUUGCCAUUUAAUUUAUCUAAUCAAGUCAAAGAUGUUGGUUAUGAUCCUUUGUUAUACAACUGUAGCUCUCUAGUGAAUAAUGUUCUUAUUUAUAGAGGAGAAAUUGCUUCCUUCACAUUAUGUCAGUCUUUAUUUGGAUCAUUUCACUGCUCUCAUAUAAUAUUGUGCCAAGCUAAAUAUAUUUAAUACAUCACACUUAUUAACACUGCAGUUUUCCUUGUAAAUCACGCAGCAGGUUUGCUUAGUUUCUGCCAAUAUUCUUUGUCAGGUGGAUUUUUAUUUUUUAAUUUUUUUUGUUUUUAAAUUUAAGAAGGGAUUUUUUUUUUUCAUCUGUUGGCUAAACACAUGUACGUGUUCCUCCUUGAAUUUUCACGUCAAUCACGUUGAGAGCAUUUCAUCUGGAUGUCAGAUAAAACACUUUACAUCAGGCUUUCUCCAAAUGAAGGUUAUUGUUUCUAUAAAAUAUUAAACAUUCAAUUA